AUGGCUGCUUGGAUGAAAGUUCUCUAUGCUUCCCUUCAAUCCGAGUUCAAAGUCCUCCAAGCGUCAAUUAGGGAGGCCGAAGACAAAGCUUAUGAUGAAAGAUUUGAAAAGCCCGUAAGAUGGGAUUUUCCUCUAGAAAAAGCUAACAUCCCUCCUGAAUUCGAGCUCUACGCCCAACAUUCUAUGACUCUUCAGGCUCUCAUUGGUGCGCCUCUUGAGCUUGCUAUUGAUCUUCAGCCAGUUGGUUCUGUCAACCCUUCAGUUGAUCCUUUGGUUCCUACUGUUGAGCAAACUACUACUUUUGUCCAACCAACCAUUUCUUCUACUAACCCUCCUAAUUCCCCGGUUGUUCCUUAA